GUUUUAUCUUGCUUUUGUAUUUUCCUUGUUAAAUUCUGCAGAACAAUAGAAAAGCAUGGAUUUCACAACCGAGUGGUCUUAACUUUGUUUGGGGAGGUGACUCGAGAUAUUGGGUUAUCCCUAAAGAACCAAGGAUGCCUGCUGAGCUGAAGAUGGUGAGUUGGUUAGAAGUAACCGGUUCAUUCGACAAGAUUGAACCCGGGAAAACAUAUCGAAUCGGUUUUAAAAUCUCGUUUAAACCGGAUGCGACCGGUUGGGACAAAGCCCCUGUUUUCAUGUCUGCUAAAAUCGGGAAGAAAGGCAAGACAGUGUGGAAAAGAAUCAAAUCCGUUAGCCAGAACUUUGGUAUACUGAAAGGUGGAUCAGAACCCGUCAAUAUACCUGACGAGUCCGAUGGCCUGUUUGAAAUCUUGGUUAGUCCCACAGCGCUUAACCAAGAUACUAAGCUUCAGUUUGGUCUGUAUGAGGUGUGGACUGGACGAUGGAAGACAGGUCUGUUGAUCCACGAAGCCUUUGUUCAAGAAGUGUAA